CGCGCGGGGUCCCGAGGUUCGCCUCGCGCUGGUGGUGGCCGCGUGAGUGUUGGCGGGUCCUGGAUCGCAGAGCUCCAAGGUCUAGGAGCAUCUCCUGCGUCGCUGUAGCCGAUUCAGCAAACACAUGGUAAACUGUAGCAAUGGCUGCUGUUUAUUCUGGCAUUUCCUUUAAGCUUAAGAGCAAGACAACUUCCUGGGAAGAUAAACUAAAACUAGCUCAUUUUGCAUGGAUUUCCCACCAGUGCUUUCUUCCAAAUAAAGAACAGGUAUUGCUUGAUUGGGCAAGACAGUCCUUGGUUGCAUUUUAUAAGAAAAAACUUGAACUGAAGGAAGAUAUUGUUGAAAGGCUUUGGAUCUAUAUAGACAGCAUUUUACAUAGCAGGAAAUUGCAGAAUCUCCUCAGGAAUGGAAAGACAGUUAACUUGCAGAUUUCCCUGGUCAAGAUCAUAAAUGAGAGAGUAACUGAGUUCUCUCAUUCGGGAUCCCAAAGGAACAUCUGUGCUGUCCUGAGCUGCUGCCAGGGCAUCCUCUCAGUGCCUGCCCUUGCUGUCAUCUACACGGCCAAACAGGAGCUGCUGGUGGCCUUGCUGAGCCAGCUUUGCUGGUCGGCAUGUCGACAGCUGGAAGGAGCCCCAGCAGCUCAGCUGUUAGAGGUCAUUCACCUGGCUCUUGGCCAUUACCUCUUGAUCCAGCAGCAGCAGGUCAACCCAAGACGUGCCUUUGGAGAUGUGACUGGGCAUCUUUUCCAGCCCUGCUUAGUCUUGAGGAAUUUACUCUCUGGGGGUACCUGGACGCAGGCUGGCCAGGCCCAGCUGCGGCAGGGGCUGAGCCGGGACAUUAAGAAUCAGUUGGAGACCAUGCUCCGGGGUGGAAUUUUUCGGCCCGAGCUGCUGUCAUCUUACAAAGAGGAGCUCUUGGACCAGCAGCAAGAGGACACGAGGAUGGGAGCCAUGAAGAACCUUCUAGCCCCCAUGGACACCAUGAUCGCCAAGCUGGUCAGUGCUGGCUAUUGUGCACCAUCCCUUCAUGCGACUGUUGUGGCGAACUCAGUGGCCUUGUUGUAUAAGCUCUUUAUAGAUUCUUACUCCAAGGAAGGAAACCAGCUUCUCUGCUUCCAGGCUCUGCCCAGGCUGUUUGGAUGCUUGAGGAUUUCUCGGCUGCAGGAGGAGCAGGUAGAAGCCCUGUCUGCUUCAGACUGGACCACAGAGCUCUUGGCUGUGGAGCAGCUGCUCAGUGCAGUGGCCAGCAGCAGCAUCUAUAACAUUGCUGCCGACAGGAUCCGGCAUGGAGAGGCCCAGUUCCGCUUUUACCGCCGUCUGGCUGAGCUGCUGAUAAACCAUUCACAAGCACCUGUCCCGGCCUGGUUCCGCUGCCUCAAAAUUUUGAUAAAUCUGAAUCACUUGAUUUUGGAGCCAUACCUGGAUGACCUUCUGGCUUCAGCUUGGAUUGAUGCAGAAGUAACAGAUUUUCGAACCAAAAAAGCCCAGGAGGCACUUAUUCACACUCUCUUCCAGACAUAUGCCAAGCUACGGCAAGUGCCACGGUUAUUCGAGGAGGUUCUGGGGGUGAUCUGCCGUCCAGCUGCAGAGGUGAUGAGGCAGCCUGUGCUGGCCUCAGGCCCCUCCACAGUGCUCAGUGCCUGCCUCCUGGAGCUGCCUCUGAGCCAGAUCCUGGAUACGUGGUCCCUCGUGCUGGAGAAGAUCCAGUCUUCAGUCUUGCCCUAUUUGUGGAGUGAUGCUGACAUGGCCCUGAAGUUGGUGUCCCUGAGCUCGCUGCUGCACUGCAUCAUGUUCAACAUGAUGAGCCUGGACAGCAGCACCCCCCUGCCUUUCAUCAGACGGACACAGUGUAUAAUGGAGAGGAUGCUGAGAGAGCUAGUGCAGCCCCUGCUGGCUCUUCUCCUGGACCCCCUGGGCCCAGAGGCUGAGCUGUGUCUGCAGAAGGUCAGUGACUCUGCACUCCUGCUGUCUCACACCUGGGUCCAAGUGGACACCAUGUUCAGUCUGAAUUGCAGCCAGUACCACUCUGUGUGUGGGUCUUGGGCUGGUGUUGCUCCGGAGGACUCCAGCUUCCCUUCAUUGCUCCCAGGUGUUGAAGCACGGCAUUGGAAGAAGAUAGAGAUGUGUAUAGCUCAGUUCAACUCUCUUGGCAGGUAUUGCUUAGAACAGCUCUAUCUUCAAAAAAUUAAAAAGACUUUAAUGCAAACCGGUUUCCUAUCUGAAGAAGCCCUUCAGACUGUGAGGUGUGACGCUGCCUGUAUUAUUGGUUCUGGCAGAGAAAGCUUGAAUCAAAGAGUGACGGCUUUCUGGGAUGGCCAUGUAGGGACAGUGAAUGCAUCCACCUACCCUGUGGCACACUGGCACUUAAUUGUGUCGAAUCUCACAAUUUUGGUUUCCUAUCUUUGUCCGGAUGAUGUGAGAUACCUGGCAGGCGUCCUGCUGAGAACUUUACCUAUGAGCAAAGCUCAGGAAGGCUCAGUAGGUGAAGAGCUGGGUGUCACGCUGGGAAAUGUAUCCAGGGCUGUUCUGCACAGCCCCCUGUUUGUGGAGAUGCAGCCCCUUCACUCUGCUUUCUUAAUGUGCAUGACUGGCAGAUGUUCUAGUGUUCUGUGUUCUGGGGCCCCAAAUGACCAGGGUCUUCUCAGUCAAAAGCUUCCGUGGCUUUUUGAAAAGGACCAUACAGCUGUGGCUCAUGGGGAAAACAGAUUUGUGAAAGUUGGACCUGAAGGUGUAGAACCCAGUGGAGAAAUUGCACAGAAUUUACUGUGUCUGGUCAGAAGUGACUUCCCCAUACAGCUGGAGGAGGGACAGGUAGAAAGCAUCUUGGGGCUUUUAGAAGUUAUUUCCACUCUGCAGCUGGACGGCCUCUUGCCGCCCCAUCAUGUACAUUGUUUUCUCCUGUUUCUGUCCAUGGCUGUUAGCAAACUGGGGCACUCCUGCCCCUCCCCACUGGCCCUCAAGUUCUUGAUGACUUGCUACCGGCUUCUUGGUCACCUGCAAAGGGGAAGAAGUGCCCGCCUGGUGUUCAGGAUCGUGUAUGCUAGUGAUAUUUUUGAGAUCGUACUGACCUCAUUGUUCAAAGCCAGUGGUAGUUUGCUUACUGAGACUGAUGACCCCUCUUGGCUGGAAUUUCUCCAAGUGAUAGGGACAUUCCUAGAGGAGCUAAUGCAGAUGCUUGUCCAAAUGAAGCUGAGCGUGGUGCUCAAUUUUAGAAAAAUCACCGCAUGCCUCUCUAGUUAUAAACUGUACACUGAGGUAGCUUCUGGCAAACAGCUGGAAAAUCAAAAAGCUCUGAGCAGGCAGCUCCUUCUGGUGCCGUUAACCAAAUUGUGCCAAGUGCUGGGACCUUAUGUCAAAGAAUCGAGGCCAAGCCAGGAGGCCCCCGCAGUGCUGUGUGAGUUGCUGCAGCGGGCCAUGCAGCAUACAGGGGCUGUGGUGCAACUCUGCUUCCCGCCAGGGACCCAGGCCCAGCGCUUUCCCGUGGACCUUGUCACGGCUGUCAGCGUGCUCUUAGAAGCAGACCUGAGCCAGCAGCACUGCCCGGAUGGAAGGGCCGAGAUUUCCCAGGAGGCAGACGACAUGCCUCCCUCCCGUGCUGCUCUCUACCAGGGGGUGUAUGUGCAGGUGCUGUCACAGUUGCCGGCUCUGGCAGGGCAUGGUCAGUCUUUUCAGGCAGCCUUGCAGUUCUUAACGCUGUUCUUUUUGGCCCCAGAACUCCAUCCCCAGAAAAAUUCUGUGUUUAUCUCCGUGUUUCAGUCCGUGGGAAAAGUUCUUGCAGAUCCUGCAAUUCCUGCUCAGGUAAUGCAGGAUAUUGAGCCUCAUUUGAGAUCCUUGUUCACUCCAAUGUUAGAGGCAGCAACGAUGGAGGACUUUAGGCUGCUGAUGUGGCAUAUUCUCCAAGGACUAGACAUCAGUAAUAUGUGGAAAGCGGAUCUGCAGGCUGUUUUGUCAGCUGUUACAUUGCUCAAGCUGCUACUGACCUGCCCACUCAGUGGAGAGAAAGCAAGUCUGUUGUGGCUUGCAUGUCCCCAGAUAGUCACGGCUCUAACGCUGCAAAACCGAGAGGCUUGUCAGGAGCAGUCUAUGUCCCUCACUGUGGUCGAGUCUAUCCUAGACGUCCUGGCUGCACUGCUGCGGCAGGGGGAGGAGGCCAUCGGCAACCCCCACCACGUCAGCUUGGCCUUCAGCGUCCUGCUCACAGUCCCUCUGCAGCAUGUGAAGCCAGCGGAGCGUGGCAGCGUCUUCCUGAGAAUGCACAAUGUGCUCUUCUCCAUCCUGCAGUGCCACCCCAAGGUGAUGCUGAAAGCCAUCCCUUCUUUCUUGAACUCUUUUAACAGAUUGCUGUUUUCAGUUAUGCAUGAAGGGCGACAGAAAGACAAAGGAAGCACAGAUGACCUGCCUGUGAUUCUAGAGUGCGCACGCCUAGUGGAAAGGAUGUACAGUCACAUCGCUGCUCGCGCUGAAGACUUCACUGUGUUCUCCCCAUUCAUGGUGGCCCAGUACGUGUCGGAGGUGCAGAAGGUAACCUUGUAUCCAGCUGUGAAAAGCCUCCUGCAGGAGGGCAUCUACCUCAUCCUGGACCUCUGUAUUGAGCCGGAUGUCCAGUUCCUGCGGGCCUCACUCCAGCCAGGAGCAAGAGAUGUAUUUAAGGAGCUGUACAAUGAUUAUCUCAAGUACCACAAGGCUAAACAUGAAGGAGAGAAAAGAUACGCUGUCUAAGGCCAUCAGUGGCCUUUACGUGAGCUGAACAAGGUGGAGGAGGAGACUUGGGAUCUAUAUGCAAAAUCCUUUGGGGUUUAUGUAUUAUAUUUUGAUGCAAUUUAUGCCAUGUCUUUCUUACUGAAUAGUUUUUGCUCUAUAUUUUUAUGUAUUA